GUGAAGUCUCUCCCGCCCUCCCCCAGCGCGAGUCACCAGAGAAGAACUACAACUCCCAGCGUGCCUGGCGCCUGCCGGGCUAUUGACCUGCUCGCGGGGGCCGCCGCCGUGUUGCCGCCCGCCUGGCCGCGAAGGAAGACGUGAGGGCCGCGGCCUGGGCGCCGAUCCCGCAGCCUGAGGGAAGAUGAGUUCGGCCAGGGAGACGCAGCCCCGCCACGGCAUGAAGCGAGCGGCCUCCCCCGAUCAGGGAUCGAGCAGCUGGGAGGCAGUAGAUUUAGGUAAUGAAGAAAGAAAGCAAAAGUUCUUGAGACUUAUGGGAGCAGGAAAGAAAGAACACACUGGCCGCCUUGUUAUCGGAGACCACAGAUCAACUUCUCAUUUCAGAACAGGGGAAGAAGACAAGAAAAUGAAUGAAGACCUAGAGUCUCAGUUCCAGCAAAGCAUGGACAGCACUAUGUCCGGAAGAAAUCGACGACACUGUGGACUUGGUUUCAGUGAGCUGGAGGAGGCUGAAGGACAAGAUGAUGUGAACAGAUACUCUCCUGAACCUGAAAGUCCAGAGGACUCUGAAAGUGACUCUGAGUCAGAGCAAGAGGAAUCUGCAGAAGAACUGCAAUCUGCUGAAAAAGACAGUGAAGCUGAUGAUCCAGAAAGCAAGAAAGAUGUGAAAAGCAAUUAUAAAAUGAUGUUUGUUAAAUCCAGCGGCUCAUAACUUCAGGUCUAAUAAGUCUUUGUAUUUAAAGUACAGUAAGCCUUUUUGUUAGUGCAAAGUGGAGGACUGCUUACAGCACAGAUUUUUGUAUUAUGAUUUUAAAAAAGCCCUUUUAGAUGAGAGAAAAAUAGUGCUUGCUUUCAGAUGCCAUGGAUGACAUUUUUAUGGGCAUGAGUGUAAUUUUUUGGGGGGUAAAGUAUAAACAGAUGCAUUAGGACAAAAAUAAAUUUAAUUGCCAGCCUCCUUUUACAAUAUUCUCUGAACCCACUCUCCUUCCAUUGUAGUUAUCAAACCUCUGACACUACUUUCUUUGAUUGGUGUCCUUUUGUCUUUUUUUUUUUUGAGAUAUAAGGUUUCAUUGGAGUUGCCUGUUAAUGUAUUAAUUAUGAUACAGUAGCAAUGACAUCAGUAUUCUGCAGUGUAAUGCAGCUUCAAAUCUUGGUUCUGUUUGGUGAUACCAGCAGUACAGUCUGACAUAAUUGCCAGAGAACAGGUUUAUUCAUUUAGGUCCUGAUUCUGUAAUGAGUUUCUGUGGCAGAGUCCUACUGCUGUCUGUGGCACUCCAUCAGUGUAGGGGGCCCUACAUCAUAGCAGGAUGCAGAAGAGGGCCUUUAGGGUACAUCUACACAGGGAUUUAAAAAAACUUUUGGUGGCCAAGGUGAGCUGACUUGGGCUUGCGGGGCUCAGGCUGGAGCCUGAGCACUGGUAGCCUCUGAGGGAAGAGGGUCUGAGAGCAUGGGCUCCAGUCUGAGCGCAAAUAUCUACACAGCGAUACCCUGCAGCCUGAGCUCAGGUUAUCUGACCUGGGCCAGCCAUAGCCAUGCCACAGGUUUUUCAUCCCUGUGUAGAUGUACUCUUAGUUACUUCUCUGGGCCUGUUUUUAACAGCUAUUGUACAAGAGGGAUACAUUCUGCAACUAGCUUGAUGAUCUUGGGUGUAGAUAUCCCUUUUGAAAUGAAGGACUUUGAUCCUGUAACUGCUUGAGUUGCAGUGUGCAUGAGAGCUAUGUAAAAGCAGAGCUUGGGGAGGGAGGUUGGUCUCAUAUUAACAUGUUAGUUUUAAUAAUUUCUCUCUACAGAAGUGAGAUUUGCAGAAGAUAAAGAACCGAACCAGGAAAUGAGUUCAUGUGAAGGGAAAAGAUACUUUGAUAUGGAAAAUGACAGGUGCCUCAAUUAGUUACCUUUUUUCUUCCAUAUUGUAUGCAUUGUCUCAGCUAUUGUAAUGGCAUCUGUUUGAAAAAUAAUCAUCAGAUUUAAUCUGAGGAUCAUAAAAGGAAUGCCACAUUGCAUAUGUUCUGAAUGCAUUUCUUUAUGGGAGAGCAGAACUUCGUCUGCACUGUAGACUUUGCAAGAAAAAGCUUACCCGAGGCUCUUGAUGAAACUUAUCACUUUUUUUCUGUAUCUGGUAAAGCUGUGUUUCUAAUUUACUGAUAAUCUGUUGCAGUGAUUAUUUCCAUACUGUUUGCUAAUUUGUAUGAGCUGAAAUAUGUCCAUUGAUUGUAAGAUAAUUGAAAAUUAGUACUUCAGCCUCAGCUACACUGAAAGACUUUGAACAAAUGUUACUUUAUGGAAAAAACAAGCAGUAUUAAACCAGAUACAUGUGAUUAUACACUAACUAUGACACACAAAGUGACUUUAAUCAGAAUCUGCAUUUACUUUUUAACCUAGUUUAACAUGACCUUGAGCCAUAACCAUACCAUAUUUCACAUUAAAGGAGUAGGGCUAUGACAGGGGAAAGGGCAAAGAAGUGGCUGAACUUUUGAAUUAAAAAAACCGACCAGAACUAGAACUUGACCAGCAAAUUAUUUGAUUUGUCUCCCCCUCAUGUUAUUAAUUUGAUCCUUUCUAUACGUGUGUACAUUUCUGCAAUAUGCAAGGAAGUAACCUAAUAUUAUAUACACAGACAACCCCCUCCCCCAUAUUUACCAACUACCUUGUUUAGUUUUAGUGGUUAAAAUGGUGGUUAUAAGCUGCCAAUAUUCAUAAAAGCACCAGGAAUUCAUCUGCUAUUUUACAGAGAUGUUGAAUCACUGACCAUCUUUUCAACCACUCUCACUAUCUCUAAUGCAUAAAUAAAAAUUGGGAAGAGGUCAUUAUAUUAACCUUGCCUGGUGAAAUGCGUGAUUAUGCUUUUUCACCAUCGAGGAGUUUGCUUUAGCUAAAUCACCUUUUCAGAUAUAUCUACACAGAGAAGAUAUGUAGGAACCAUUUUGCUUUUAAUACAUUUAUCAUUCGCUAAUGCCUUCAGUUUGCCUAGUAAGGAAAAUAUAUGUGAAAUUUGAAAGUGUUUCACUUCUGUGUCAGUAAGGGGAAAACUAUUAGGAUAUUGUCCCAAAAGGAAACAUCUACAAGAAUCCACCAACAAAACUGCUGCCCUGCAGGUUUUCUCAAUUAGGACUUUAGUGAGCUGCCUUUUCUAGUCUCAAUGGCUGGCUUUUCUACAGAAGAUGAGAAAAAAUCUGAAAAUCAGCUGCUGCAAUGAGAAAUCCCAUCUAGCACAUAACUGUCAACAGUCUCGUGCUGUCAUGGUCUUCACCCAUACUCUGAGUGGAACCAACGUCCGUGCAGCACCUCUGUGUUGUGGAGUGUUCAGCAAUCCAUAGCUCUAGCAUCAACUCAGUCUGGUACAUCUCU